UGCCCCAUCAUUGGUGUCAGUGGGGGGAGGAAUAGUGCCCCAUCAUUGGUGUCAGUGGGGGGAGGAAUAGUGCCCCAUCAUAGGUGUCAGUGGGGGGGAGGAAUAGUGCCCCAUCAUAGGUGUCAGUGGGGGGAGGAAUACUGCCCCAUCCUUGGUGUCAGUGGGGGGGAGGAA